GAGGAGGACGUGGAGGAGGAGGGGAUGGAGGAGGACGAGGAGGAGGAGGAAAGAGGACGAGCGCCCGUGUCCCGCUGGGAGGCCGCUGAGGGAGGCAGGCUCUCCUGGGGAGACCCACGAGGGUCACCACCUGGGCGCAGCGGGGGGCUCGGCGGUAGGAACGAGGGUGGGACGUCCCGGGAUGGGCUCCGGGGGCUGAGCGCAACCUCCUCGUGGAGCUCAUCCCUGGAGAGGAGUGGGGGGCUAAGGGCUGGGAUGGGCCCGUCGCUGGAUGAUGGCUUUCGGGCCUCGAGCUCCUUUCAGUGGAGCACAUCUGCAGAGGGGAGCGAAGGGCUUAGCGGUGGUCUGAGGGCAUCCCUGGAUGGGUUUGGGGGGCCAAGCACAUCCCAGUGGAACACGUCUAUAGAUAGAGGUGAGGGGCUCAGUGCUAGGGCUGGGAUAGGGACGUCCGUGGAUGGGGUGGGAGGGCUGAGCUCUGUGUCCUCCUGGGGUAUGUCUGCAGGCAAAAGUGGAAGGCUCAGCUCCAUGCCCUUUUCCAGUGAUGAAAGCAAGGGCCUGACAUCCAGGAGCCAUUGGGACACGUCAGUAGGGCGGACUGCAGGGCAGAACUCCCCAGCACAGUGGGAGACAGUAGGGGAAAGGAAGACAGAAAGGAAGGGGCUUUUCUCCAACAGCUGGUGGGGACGGGAGAACAAGGUGGCACCCAGCACCCAUUGGGGAACCACAGCAGGACGUAGUGGGUUGAGUUACCCAUUCGAGAGGGGAGAGGAGAGCCUGGCAUCCAGCGUUCGAAGGGAGGCAGACAGAGAGCCAAAAACCAGCAGCUGGGGAGAGGGAUUGAGCCGGCGGCUGCCAUGGAGGGCUGUGAGUGGCACAGGGCUGGGCUCAGGCAGCCAGUGGGAUGCAUCUGCUGCAAUGGUGACACCCCGCACUCAGCUCCUGCGGUCAGCCCCCAGGCAGCAAGUGGAAGGAAAGCGCAAAGGCCUCGAGUUCUACCUCUCUCAGUUCCUUUUCCUCGCCAGCUUGGUGCUACUGCUGAUUUUUCUGGGUAUCCUCAUGGUGAAGAUGAUUGGGUCAGGCUGGCUUGACCAGACAGAGGAGAACUUUAAUCUCUUGCCUGUGGAUUGUGACAAAAGAACAGAUGAUUUCUGCAAAGCCAAAGAGAAGGACGUUGUGAUGAACAUGCUGCAUGAGUUGUAUAACUACUUGUCUGUACAAGCUGGUAAUUUUGAAUGCGGAAACCCUGAGAAUCUAAAAAGCAAAUGCAUUUGGGUUAGUGAAGCAAGGGACCACGUGGUGAAUAUAACUGGUGGUUCCCCACAGAAGUUUGAAGCUGCCCUGAAGUGGAUACUGAACAGUAACAAGGAUUUAGGAAUAUGGAUGAAAGGCAAAGACCUCUCCGAACCCGUUACCAGAGUGGAAGAGGUGGUCUGUCUCGAAUCGGCCCAUCCUCAGAUGGGGCUCAGCUGCCGUUUCCGUCGAGCAGUGAUCACUGCUGUCAUGAACCUGUUCCUGUUUUUCUGGUGUCUGGUAACUCUGUGGGGGAUCCUAAUCUUCCUUCGGUAUCGCUGGCGGAAGAUGGAGGAAGAGGAGCAAGCCAUGUAUGAUAUGGUGAAGAAGAUCAUAGCUGUUGUCCAGGACCACUAUAAGGAAUGGGAACGGAACUUGGAGCGUUACCCCUAUGUGGGCAUUCUCCACGUUCGGGACAGCCUCAUCCCUCCUCAGAGCAGGAAAAAAAUGAAGCGGAUCUGGAACAGAGCUGUGGAGUUUCUGGCCUCAAAUGAGUCACGGAUUCAGACAGAGUCGCACAGAGUAGCAGGAGAGGAUAUGCUCGUAUGGAGAUGGACUCAGCCAUCUUAUGUCUCAGAUUCAGAACACUAAAGAGGAGCGGAAGCAGAACAACUGUUGAAAAGGACCUCUGCAAAGGAACAGUCCCUUCUCUGGUGGUGGGAAAGAGCAGGGCACGGUCCUAACCUCCUUGGGUUGGGGAUUGCACGUAUCUGUUUGCUCUUCUUUCUUAAAAUCUUCACAUACAAACAAACAAACAAAAAAAAAACACGUCAGAGCAAUAAUGUUGGCUUAGAAAGAAGAUGGGCUUGAGCUGGUGGGAAGCUAGAAUCACACCAAAGUUAACCUUCCAGCAGAUAUCUGGCUUCUGUAGGCAAGCAAGCCUAAAGCAACACGUUAAAAACACCGCGAACUUAAAUAUUGAAGGACCUGAGAUCUCUCUGACAAUGGUUCUUAAAAUUUGACCUCAAUUCUGCAAAAGCCAACUGGAGGCAACAUCCAGCAUGGAACGUGUUUAAAGGAGAUUGACAUUUCCCAUGGAAACUUUAGGGUGGCAGUUGAGAUGCGUUUUGUUAGCGUUUGUUUUUUAGCAGUACAAAGAUAGCGAUGAGAGCACUUGCUGCUUCCCAACAGGAAGAAUAUUUGUGUCUGUUUCACCCUUCAAAAAUGAGGGAAAAAAUAAUAGGAAAAAAAAUAAAAUGAGGCGAAGGUAGUCAUAGAGGGAGGGCAGUCUGACGUGCCUUGGUGGUUUGGGCUGGGUUGGGGGUGUGGAGGGAAACAUCUGUGAUCCUGUUCCACUUUUUAAGUCUGCAAAUUCUGUGCUUUAUGUUUUCUUGGGGGGCGGGGGGAGUUUGGGUGGGAAGUGAAGGAUAUAGGAAGCUUCAGAAAGCGCUUUCUUGUGGCCACAGCCGAAGGGGUUGCUUCAUGGGCUAUUAAAUAGCAGCUUUGGAAUGUCUAUUGGGGCUGAAUGUACUUGUUUAUCUUGGGCAGCUGCAAUGUGUGUGCUGUGGGUCAGAGCAGAGGUGUACAAUGCAUGGGGUCAUGCAUUGUCAGGGGGUGCCAAAUCCAUGUUCCUGCAGCCUCACUACAGGUAGAAGGAGCAGCAAUCCGUCCUCUGUUCGUGCUGCAGGCAUUGUAUUUUGUAUCUACAGUCAUCUAGUUAGUUAAGUUUGUUUUUAUGUCCUGCAUAGGACUGUUGUUGUUUUUGGGGGUGUUGUUUUGUUUUCUUCAAAGAAAAUAUCUCCAGAGUGUGGCAGCUUAGACUGGGCAAAAAUACUGUUAAUCUGUUCUUCCCUGUGUCAUCAAACCGCUGACCAGGACACUGCUGGGACAGCGAGGACCAAAUUCAUUUCUGGCCUAAGCUAACGAAACCUGCAGAGAGAAGCCAGUGGCAGUGUGUGUAACUGGUGGGUUUAGUAGCUUCAUGAGUAGAAUGUGGAUUUUUGCAUUCAGCUCUGAUGCUGGCUGCACGGAGAGCUUCCCCUCCAGGCUCUGCUGGGCAGCUGGGCUUAGGAUGGCAGCCAGAGCCCUCCUGCAAGGUUUGCAGUUGGCGAUGCCACCCACAAGGUGGGCUCCCCGCCCACAUCCCAGGAUGAAGUCUGCAUCUCUUCCCUCCCUCCCCCCCAAAGGAUGUUUUGGUGGGGUGUUCCACCUAUGCCUCCUGCUGCAGAAGGGUGGCAGAGGCUCCUGGCAUACCUGGUGCUGCUCAUCAGCCAGGGUGAGUGGGGAGAGCAGCUUUCUGCAGGAGCACAACACAGGGAGGCCUUAUGAGUCACACGAGAGGUGUUCUGUGGGGAGUUAACUCCUACCCCAUGUUUUGCUUUUGGUCGCACGUGUAAGGUGUUUGAACGAGAGAGGAGACUCAGGAAUGGCCUUCUAGUCAUUUGCCACUAAACAGGGAAUCAGCUGAAGGCAGCCUUGAUUCUUCUAAAACAUUGCGAUGAGAUCUCCACUGUUGUUACAGAAGCUUUUACAAACACCAGUGCCUAUGUAAUUAAGCCUUUUUUAACUGUUUGCAGGUUUUGAGUUAUGUUUUUUUUUUAACCAUCCAAAUACAGAGUGAGGAGUUAAGCAUUGCAGUCAUGUUUUUUGUAUUAAACUUGUUUUGUAGAACAAAUCUCACUGGCUUGGUGCUGUUUAUUAUCCGUUCAGUUUAGCUCUGUAAACCAAUAUAUAAAAUAAAUUUAUUACGAAUGA